AGGCCAGGGGCGGGGCCUGAAGGCGGGGCGGAGGUGGGGAGGAGGUACCGGGCGGCAGACGCCUAAGAUAGCUGACAGGACCGCAGCGGCUCAUCCCUCCCUUUCUGGGAACGUGGUAGGGCAUCUGCCGCUGGCACACGCCACUAGAAGAGGGCUCGGGGCGGGAGAUGACGGCGGUGUGCUUGCUGCUUGGCCCUCUGCGAGCACCGGCUUCCUUCUCCUUGCAGCCGGAGCUGCAGACCUAGCAGACUCCGUUAUACUCCACCAAAAGUUUUACUCAGCUUGGAGUGACCACAGGCUGGAAGGACCGUCGGGUUCCAGUGUGACUCCUCAAACUAUCCCUGAGAACUUCUAUUGAGAAUCUGGGUGCAGAGACAAGUUUGGGAGUGGAGGGAAGAGAAAAAUGGAUUCUUAUUUCUCAGCAAAGAACUCAACUCUUGCUGUUAAUAUAAAUGAGACCUUGUCUGCCACUUAUGGAUUUAAUUCCACCAGUGACCCACCUUCGAUGUCAAUAACCAGGCUUUUCCCAGCCUUACUGGAGUGCUUUGGCAUAGUCCUUUGUGGCUACAUAGCAGGAAGGGCCAAUGUCAUAACAUCAACACAGGCCAAAGGACUGGGGAAUUUUGUCUCCAGAUUUGCCCUUCCAGCUUUAUUAUUCAAAAACAUGGUUGUGCUUAAUUUUUCCAAUGUGGAUUGGGCUUUUCUAUACAGUAUCUUAAUUGGCAAAGCCUCUGUAUUUUUCAUUGUAUGUGUAUUAACCUUAUUGGUUGCCAGUCCUGAGAGUCGAUUUAGCAAAGCUGGACUGUUCCCUAUUUUUGCUACACAAAGUAAUGACUUUGCUUUGGGAUACCCUAUAGUUGAAGCUCUGUACCAAACUACAUACCCAGAAUAUCUCCAGUACAUUUAUUUGGUGGCACCAAUAUCUCUUAUGAUGUUAAACCCUAUAGGGUUUAUCUUCUGUGAAAUCCAGAAGUCAAAAGACACUCAAAAUGCUUCUCAAAAUAAAGCAAAAAUCGUGGGACUUGGAUUUCUACGCGUGUUACAGAACCCGAUAGUAUUUAUGGUCUUCGUUGGCAUUGCCUUCAAUUUUAUUCUUGAUAAAAAGAUCCCUGUAUAUAUGGAAAACUUUCUGGAUGGGCUUGCAAAUUCCUUCUCUGGAUCAGCCCUGUUUUAUCUUGGUCUGACCAUGGUAGGAAAAAUCAAGCGACUGAAGAAGUCGGCGUUUGUGGUACUUAUUCUUCUCAUCACAGCCAAACUCCUGGUGCUGCCCCUUCUGUGCAGAGAAAUGGUGGAACUCCUGGACAAGGGUACCAGCCUAGUGAACCAUACAAGUCUGUCAAACUAUGCGUUUCUAUAUGGCGUCUUCCCUGUGGCUCCAGGAGUGGCAAUCUUUGCUACACAGUUCAACAUGGAAGUAGAGAUUAUAACCUCAGGAAUGGUAAUAAGUACAUUUGUGUCUGCUCCAAUCAUGUAUGUCUCUGCAUGGUUAUUAACCUUUCCUACCAUGGAUGCUAAGCCGUUGGCAUAUGCCAUUCAGAAUGUUAGUUUUGAUAUAAGUAUUAUCAGCCUGGUCUCCUUGAUCUGGUCUCUGUCUGUUCUUCUCUUGAGUAAGAAAUAUAAGCAGCUCCCUCAUAUGCUUACAGCUAACUUACUCAUCGCUCAGACUAUUGUUUGUGCUGGAAUGAUGAUAUGGAAUUUUGUAAAAGAAAAAAAUUUUGUUGGACAAAUUUUGGUGUUUGUUCUAUUGUACAGCUCCCUGUACAGCACCUAUCUGUGGACAGGCCUUCUAGCAGUUUCUUUGUUUCUUUUAAAGAAGCGUGAGGGUAUACAGAUCCCCGUAGGAAUCAUAAUCAUAUCUGGCUGGGGAAUCCCUGCUCUCCUUGUGGGCGUGCUCCUGAUAACUGGGAAACACAAUGGAGACAGCAUUGACUCGGCUUUCUUUUAUGGAAAGGAGCAGAUGAUCACCACGGCAGUCACCCUGUUCUGCAGCAUUCUCAUAGCUGGGGUGUCACUCAUGUGCAUGAACCGUACCACCCAAGCUGGUCACUAUGAAGGAUUCGGCCAAUCUCAGAACCACAAACCAGUAGAGCCUGGAAGCACUGCAUUUGAGGAGAGCCCAGCACCAACAAAUGAACCAGAGCUCUUCCCAAGUUCUAUCCCAGAAACAAGUUGCUGUGCUUGCUCCUUGGGAAAUGGUGAAUUACGCUGUCCAUCAAUAGAGCCAAUAACAAACUCAAGUGCUAGUGGGCCAAUGCCUUCUUCCUUUGAGAAAACCGACCACUGUGUGAGCCGCUGUGACUCCCAGAGCUGCAUCCUCGCCCAGGAAGAGGAGCAGUACCUGCAGAGUGGAGACCCACAGCUGACCCGGCACGUCCUGCUGUGCUUGCUGCUCAUCAUCGGCCUGUUUGCCAAUCUCUCUAGCUGUCUGUGGUGGCUGUUCAACCACGAGACGGGACGACUCUAUGUUGAAUUACAGUUUUUCUGUGCUGUGUUUAACUUUGGCCAGGGAUUCAUUUCCUUUGGAAUCUUUGGGUUGGACAAACAUUUAAUCAUCCUACCUUUCAAAAGAAGGCUUGAAUUCCUGUGGAACAAUAAAGAAGCAGCAGAAGACAGAGAAUCCCCAGUUUCUGAGGAAAUAAAAAUGACCUGUCAACAGUUCGUACAUUAUCACCGUGACCUGUGCAUCCGAAACAUCGUCAGAGAAAGAAGGUGUGGUGCAAAGACUUCUGCCGGGACCUUCUGUGGCUGUGACCUGGUGAACUGGCUAAUCGAAGUCGGCCUUGCUUCUGACCGUGGUGAAGCUGUGAUCUAUGGAGACAGACUGGUGCAAGGGGGAGUCAUCCAGCACAUCACCAAUGAAUAUGAGUUUCGGGAUGAAUAUCUGUUUUACAGAUUUCUUCAAAAGAGUCCUGACCAGAGUCCUCCUGCCGGUACUGUAAGCAACCCCCAACAGGAAAGCUAUAAAGAAAUUGGUCACUCAUCUCUGUCCUCACUCUCCCCUAAGAUUUAACUUAUAGAGAGAACCCCACAGGAAUCAUACCCUCCAGCCUCAUAUCUGAUCCUUUUAGCUGUGGGACCUCGGGCAGGUCAUCUCUUCUGUAAAAUGCAAAGGCAUUCCUACCCUGUACUGACACGCUAUAACUUUAUGUGUAUAUAAAGCACAUAGGAAACUGACAAGAGAAACCAUGAAGUUAAAAGUUAUGAUAAUGAAUAUAAUAGUUGCUAUAGAUACCACUAUUGUCCCAAUAGUUUAAAAUCGUUUCUUUCUGAAACUGUUUGUUAUAAUUACAAAGUCAGCAUCCAACUGGCUGUAAUUUUAAAUUGCCAAAUUUGGCAAGUUUGCUGCUCUCAAAACAAACCUUAAGACAACUUUACAUUUAUCAAUAACACUUCCCCCAACAGAUUUUUGUUCAUUCUGGUAAAAGGUUUUAUUUUCCCUCCCACUUCUUUGACAAAUUCUGCCCAUUCAAAAAUUACAACUACUGUUUUGUUUUUGAGACAAGGUCGCAUGUAGCCCGGGCUGGCUUCAAAUUCCCUAUGUAGCCAAGAAUGGCUCUUAACUCCUGAUCUUCCUGCCUCUGCCUCCUGAGUUCUGGGCUUAUUGGUAUGUGCCAACAUGCCUGGCUAACCCCAGUAUUUUUUUAAAGUAAUUUUAAAAUUUAUUUUUGAUAAAACACCAAUUUUAAAGGUUUGUCUUUUUGUGUCUUCUAUCUAAACUACUAAUGUGUACCAAUAAGAAAAGAAUAAGAACAUUAAUAUUAUUAUCUCUGUUAUAUUUCAAGGUAAAAAUUUUAAGUAAUUUGAUCAUAUUCAUUUAAAUGUCUCCCAUCCAAGUACUAACCAGGCCCGACCCUGCUUAGCCUCCGAGAUCAGACGAGAUCGGGCGCGUUCAGGGUGGUAUGGCUGUAGACCCAUUUAAAUGUCAUAAGAAAUAAUGCCAUGAGAUGUACUGUUUCUGGUAGUUUUAAAAUAUACUGUAGAAGAAAAGUCUGCUUUAUGCAUUGAGAAAAUAUAUAGUCAGGAACUUAAAAUUCUAAACCUAGCAUCCUACCUUUAGAAUUUAGUCUUUUUUGUAUUCAUGUCUAAAAAAAUUUGAAAGUUUAAAAAUUAGCAAGUGUUGCUUAGUCCCUCAAGAGUUUAAAACAAAAUGACAUGAACACAGAUUUCUUACAGGUCUGGAGGCUAGUAGUGUAAGAGUAGGCAGCUGAGCACUAAGCCUCUGGGGAGGCCCCAUUUCAGGUCCACCAAGGGAGCCGCCUGUGGUGGGAGGGAGGCUCUGAAAGAGCAAACCGCAUGUUCACACCUCUUCUCUCAUGAUCCACACUUCUCCAGGUCCCCUCACUGGGGUUGGGUUUUGAAGAGACACGUCCAGCCCAUAACAGCCUCGGGUAAAGCUUCCCUCUCAGUUAAUCUGCACAUCUUUUGAACAGCUACUUCAUUAUUAGAUCUCAGUGAUGGUUUAACUUAUUUUAAAUGUUACUUAUCUUACUUUAGUGUUUCAUAUAUAAAAGCCAUUUAGGAAAUUAUGGGGUUGGUGCCCUGGCCCUUUUAAUGUAGCAAAUACAUAUUGAAAGGAAACUUUGCAUGGAAGCCUAGUGUAUGUAAAAAGAAAUGAUGUUUAUUUUAUGUUAUGAUCAUGGAAUUGGGAUGUUUUAGGCAGAACUAUAUUGCCAUAAAACUUAGGGGGAAAAGGAGACAUGCCUACACUGUACGCCUAAUGCCCAGGAGUGCGCGUAAGCGCUCGCCUUAGCAGCCUUGAGUGACAAGACAGAAUUCACAGGUAUGCGGGCAACUCAAACUCAAGUGAGGGAAUUUGUUUUGUUUAUGAAUAACCAUAUUAACUAUGCUCUUUCAUUUGCACAAAUGGAAUCUGAAACAUUAUUGUCCUUGGGAGACUCUAAAAGAAAGCCAUAGAUCAGAGUGACUUGCAGUUUCAGAUGAUAGAGGCUUUUAAGCCAUGUUUUUAGGAUUAAGGAUAAGCUAAUUUUAUUAAAUGAAAAUAUUUGUAUGUUACUUUCUCACUGACAGCACGUUUCUCAAUAAAAUACCUAUUUUAACUUGCA